CCUACUCCUAUUUUAGGCCCUGGCCGAAAAUAAGAGUGUGUAAACCACAACCUUUGUUUGUUGUUAUUUUCUUUCUUUUAAACCUUUUAAUAAACAAAUAAAACCUUCUAUCCUUUUCUAUAAAUCCCAGGCCAAAUAUCCCUCAUUAUCCUAACACAACAUCAACCAAGAUAUUCCCCAUUCUUGUCCCCUUUAUGUUCCCUACUAGGGCUGAAUAAACAACCACAAAAAGCCAAGGGACAUUUGAGUUGUUAUUGAUACACCACCUACUAAAUCAGUCACCUCAUAUGACCAAGCAUAUAAGGCCAAUACACCAUCCAUCACCCAUCUUUGUUUGUCCCCUCUUUUUAGCCAGAAUAUCCACCACAAUCAUCAAAGGAUUUCAUUCAUUCUUUGUGAUUUUUGCCUCCACAACAGGACAGACAAAGCUAGCUCCAAAGCCAAGACAAAGUCAAACAAAAUCAGCCCUUAUCAACUCAAGAUUGGAAGCUAGUGAAUGAUAAAGGGAUGUAGGAAGGUUCCUUGUAUUUGCAUUCAUUAUAUUGUGUGUUUUCCCUCCUCUCCCCUCCUUAUAUAUUUCGGCCAUUUGGCCCUUGUAAUGAUCAUCUCUGAAUUAUUAAAAAACUCCU